AUGACGAACAGGAAGAGGUCUCGAGCUAUUGAGGAUGUGGGGGCUACUGAGGAUAGACACCGGCGCUUACAUGCUUCUAGCCGGCGCGGUGAUCAUGCUGCAUCCUCUCAGGCGGUGGAGGCUUCAGCUCCAGUUGAUAGUAUGCAGUCGCCCACGGUGCAGGCUCCAGUUGCCGUGGAGGCUACCAGAGGGGAGUCUUCAGCUCCAGCUAUGGAUCCUGUGGUUGAUCCUACCGAUCCAGUUCCUACUCCGCCGUCUCCCACGGUUGAGUUAUCUCGCCAUGAUUCAUCAGGCGCGGAGUCAUCAGGCGAGGAUUCAUCUGGCAAGUCAUCCAGCGAGGAGUCAUCCGACGAGGAUAGUAUUCCUCCUUCUGAUGUGGAUGCUGAUGUCGUGCCAGAGGAGGGGGCACAGGGUGGCGGGGCACAGGGUGGCGUGCAGGACCUGAUCCAGAGGUUGCCGCCGUUUCCAGGGGGGCCUGUUGAGCUGUCUCUUCUCACGCAUUAUGCCGAUCACAAGGCUCCCUGGACCUGGCAUUCUCUCCUACGCACACACGAGCGGUAUCAGGACCGUCACCACUUGAAGGUGGCCACAGCUGGGGGCAAGGUUUGGAACCUUGCCUUUGAUGGUGAUUCAGAGGGACACAGGCGGGUUCGAGAGCUGGUUGAGCAGACGGGUCUUCAUCAGCUACCCUAUUGCGGCUACCCGGAGACCGAUGCAUACCACCGAUAUGAGGACGCUGCGCGGAUUUGGCUGGUGCACCAGCUAGGUGGGACGCUCUUCGCUAGCAAGAGCGGAGGCUACCACACGACGGUGUACUGGAUAGGGAUGUUGGCGGAUCUUGGUCGAGUGCCUGAGUACGCGUGGGGCGCGAUUGCGCUCGCUACGUUGUACGACCAGCUUGGUCGAGCGUCCAGGAGGGAGACGGCCCAGAUGGGAGGUUUUAGCUCGCUCCUGCUAGGAUGGGCCUACGAGUACCUUUCUGACCGCGUUAUUAUCCGGAGGGCGGAUCCGGAGCACUCGCAGGACCAGCCUAGGGCGCGGCGGUGGGUUACCUCCCGGGUCGGGCGUUCAGGCCUCGAUGAGAGGCGAGUCAUGCUUGAUGAGCUCACGGUGGGUGACAUUAUAUGGACCCCAUUUGAGGACCACCGGGCUCAUCGACCGCGCGAUCCGAGGGCCAUGUAUUCUGGCUACAUCCGGAUGCCAUUUGGCCGUGCUGUUCGACCACAUCUUCCAGAGAGGGUUCUGCGGCAGUUCGGCUUCAUACAGGAUGUCCCUCGACACCCCUCUGAGGUCCCGACGACUGGGUCCCUUGCUGAGACCGCAGAUGCCGCCUAUGCUGACUUUGAGCCGCACAUGCGCCCCCAGGGGAUCCCUGUUUCUUAUGCGGGGGAGGCUGUGCAGGAUUACAUGAGGUGGUACGGCGGUGUGUCCCAUCGGUUCAUCAUCCCUGAUGAGAGGAGGGAGGAGUUCAGUGCUGUGACGGUGGUGCGUCGGGCCGUGGACUUGUUGGAGCAGUCACUGGAGGUGCCAGAUACUCUUGCAGAGGGCACGCAUGCCCGAUCCCUCACUGAGAGAGCGCUUGAUCUUAUUAGAUCCAGUGCCUUCAUUGGUACCCAGGGAGUAGCGUUUGCUGCUGUCCGAGGACUUGUGGGAGGCAGAGGUCGUGGGGGCAGAGUGCGUGGCAGAGGCCGUGCAGCCAGAGGCCGUGGAGAGGGUGCUCCUGGAGAGGGUGCUCGUGGAGCUAGGGGUCGUAGGGGGGCGGUAGGGGUCGGGUGGAUUGAUUGA